CUGGCGCGAGCGCAGCCGUUCCUCCCUCCGCUUCCUCACUAUGUCCUUUCGCGUCUUCCUGACUGAGUCCGACUUCGCUUGCUCGAGGCUGUGGUAACCCCGGGGCCGGGGCCUGAGAUCCAUGGAUGCGAAGGAAGUGCCUGCUGCCCACUCCUGCGCCCCAGGCUCUGCCACAGGGGGUGUGACCAGAGGCCCCCCGGGCACAGAGCUUAUCCCCAGGAGAGCUGCCAGUCGCUCUCCCACCUGUGCCCGCUGCCGAAACCACGGCGUCACUGCCCACCUCAAGGGCCACAAGCGCCUCUGCCUCUUUCAGACUUGCGAGUGUCACAAAUGCGUCCUCAUCUUGGAGCGCCGAAGGGUCAUGGCUGCCCAGGUGGCCUUGCGCAGGCAACAGGAAGCACAGCUAAAGAGGCACCUGGCUCAGGGACUGAUGAGGAGAGGGCCCACUCCCAAAGCUCCUAGCCGUGUCAAGAAGGGAGCCACUCGACCGGGGGUCCCCUCUGGAAAGGAGAACAUAGCACCCCAGCCUCAGAUGCCCCAUGGGGCAGUCCCACUGGCACUGACACCCCCUGGGAAGGAUAACUCCCAGGGGCCUCUGCUGCUCAGCCGUCCCCCAGAAGCCUUGCCUUUGUCCUGGACUCCAAUGCCCCCAGGCCCUUGGGCUCCUGGACACUGGUUGCCUCCAGGCCUUUCCGUGCCACCCCCAGUGGUGUGCCGCUUGCUAUGCCAAGAACCUGCUGUCCCUCUGCAUCCCUUUCCUGACUUUGACCCUGGCACUUCCCUCCGGCUGCCCACUCACGGGCCCCUCCCAACCUGCCCAGGAUCUCGCCCGAUACUGACGGCUCCUCUUUCUGGAGAAUCCCAAGGGCCCUCUGCUUUGCCCCGCACAUGCUCGACUCUGAUACUCCAGCCCUGUGGCACCCCAGACCCUCUUCUGCUGCAGCCACAGGCCCCUGCAGCCUCUCGCCUAGCCUGGACUUCUGCCCCCUCAGAGCGGCAGCUGCAGCGGGAGGCAGCUGAAGCUCUUGUGGGUCUGAAAGAUUCUUCCCAGGCUCCCCGCCUGACCUCUUCUGUUCCUCCCAACCCUGCCUGGAUCUCCCUGAUCCACCCCUGUGGCCCACCAGCUCCUGCUGGAGGAAGAGGAUUCCAGCCUGUUGGCCCCUCUCUCCGCCCCAGCCCAGCCCCCUCCGUAGCUCUGCAUAUUGGGCGUCUGGGCUCUAUCUCCCUCCUAACCUAGAAGCCCAGAGGUGGAGGCCUCGCUUGAGCAAGGGGCAACAGCCUCCGGGCACUGCGUAUUUGGUAUUUUGCUUCUGGAUUUAUGCAUGGAAUUUAAUGUAGUACAAGCUUCCAGCCUUUUUUUUUUUUUUUUUAAAGCUUUCUGGUGCUUUGUUAGCUCUUGGUUCCUUUUGUAGUGUGGAUAGUUCCUUGACCAAAAGUGGAUAUCCUCUUACCCACUUGGGUCCUGCGACCUUUUUAAAUCCCCGACAAAGUGAGAGUUGUGCAAUUUAAGCUAACAAGUAUCUAAAUAGGUUUUUGCAUGAGUUCACCUUCCAGAAUAUUUAUUUGACAUGUGAUUCUGUACGUACUCGUGCACUCACAUCUGUCUCCAUGCAUGCACAGACAGGAGAGUAUUUUCAUUUUGUGUCUACGUUUGGGUGAGAA